AUUGUAUGCGAGUUUAGUGUAUAUGAAAGUUCCAUUGCGAUCACAUCUGAAGCGCGAGAGUUAAAAUAAUUGUGAUUCACCAUGAAAGUGUUUUUGGUUGUGCUGUUGAUCUUUUCCGUUACCAGAGCAUCUCUUUUCGAUAGCAACUUCCUCGAUACUGAGGAUGACGAUCUAGAUAAGCAAGUCCACAUCUUGUCUGUGGAGAGAAUGUCGGAUUUUGUGUCCAAAAAUCCCAAAGCUGAACUGGAAAUGAUGACGAUGUAUUCUGGAUAUCGUGGCCAAUUGUCGUAUUCUAUCGGAGCGCGCAUAUCAGGGGAUCGUCUUGUGGGAACGGCAGCAAAUCACCAAAGCUGGCCUCGUCCACAAAAUGUCGCCAUUGAGAUCAAAUAUCCGUCAAGAGGCGUUGGAGCCCUGGUCACUUAUGUAUCUUUGAAUAUUACUCAAAGUACCAAUCUUGGACAAGCUUACAUUACAAAGGGCGGAGUUCAUCAGCGUAAUAUCACAAUUGUCGUAGAAUCCUACGGAACAACAUUCGUCAACUACGUUUGCAACAUUUUUGGCAUGUAAUCUUUUUCCAGAAAAAGCUUUAUUGCGAUGAUACUUUAUCUAACAAACACAAACA